AUGGCCCAACAAGACGAGAAGACGUUUGCCACAACGACCCUGGAUCGGUCUGUGACCAACGAUUCCCACCCAGUCGUCGAGACAAAGACUAUCAAGGGGAGUACGGCUUACAAUGAAGCUCUGAUCAAGGAGCCUGUCAAUCUGAGAAGCCCCAUGGCGGUCAGGCUCUUGCUGUGUCUUCUCCUGGGCUGUUUUGCACAAACUAUGAAUGGCUUCGAUGGCUCCCUAUUCGGAGGUCUCACAGCCAACCAGCAGUUCCUAGACUUCUUCCAUGGCACCAAAGCCGGCGAAUGGGCAGCCAUCAAUUCUGCCAUGUACCAGAUUGGUGGAGUCUGCGCUCUUCCCUUCGUGGGUCCGCUAAUUGAUACAUGGGGCCGGCGCUGGGGAAUGUCUGUCGGUGCUUGGAUCGUUAUUGUCGGCACAAUCAUUAACGGCCUCACGGUCCUCAAUGCUGGUCACGAUGGCCAGCUGAAAGGUGGACGUUUCAUCCUUGGCUUUGGUGUAGCAAUUGUCUCCGCCGCUGGACCCAUCUACGUCGUGGAGACUGCUCAUCCCGCAUGGAGAGGCAUUAUUACUGCAUACUGCAACACGUUCUGGUUCACAGGUUCAAUUCUUGCCAGCGGAGCAAUUCGAGGUGCCCUCAAUCUCGAAGGUAACAUCUCCUGGACGAUACCGGUCUGGUUGCAGAUGGUAUUCCCCGGCUUGAUCGUGCUUUUCGUUUGGUUCAUCCCAGAGAGUCCUCGAUGGCUGUUCGUGCACAACAAGCGAGAAGCUGCCGUCUCCACCCUGGCCAAAUGGCAUGGCAAAGGCGACGUGGACUCCGCCUGGGUAAGACUUCAGGUAGCGGAAUACGAAGAGUUUCUGAACACGAACGGAUCUGACAAACGCUUCUGGGACUACCGUGCCCUCUUUCGCGAUCGAUCCAGCCGCUAUCGAAUUGCUUGCAACUGCGUCUUCUCUAUCUUCGCUCAAUGGGCCGGAAACGGUGUAUUGACGUACUUCCUGCCCGCGGUCCUCACAACAGCCGGAUAUACAAGCAGCGUCACACAAGCCAACAUCAACUUGGGAUAUGCCUGCUUCCAGUACUUCUUUGCCCUCUUUGGUGCCAACUUCGUCGAGAGGCUGGGGCGGCGUCCGAUGAUGCUGUUCAGUAUGGGCGGUUGCUGCCUAGUAUGGGUGGGCAUGACCGUCGCUACGAGCCAAUUUGCCCAGUCUGGCGAUGAGAACUCUUCAGCAGCACAAGCUACCGUCGCUAUGAUCUUCAUCUUCGGUGCCGUCUACUCUGUCGGCAUCACACCUCUCCAGGCCCUCUACCCAGUCGAAGUCCUGUCGUUUGAGAUGCGAGCAAAGGGCAUGGCUUUUAGCAAUCUGGCCGUGAACGCGGGUGGCCUGCUAAACCAGUUCGCUUGGCCUAUCUCCCUCGAUAAGAUCGGGUGGCAUACCUACAUCGUGUUUGUGAUUUGGGAUGCGGUGCAGUUUGUGGUCUUCUAUUUAAUGAUGCCAGAGACUCGCAGACGCACUUUGGAGGACUUGGAUGAGGUCUUUGCUGCCAGGAACCCUGUGAAAGCUUCACUCAUCCCGAAGAAGGUUGCAGUCGACUCCGAAGGAACAAUCGUAGCGGCCGAGAAGUUGGAAAGUGAAGCCUGA